CGUCGGAAACAAAAGCCCGCAUCCAAACAACUUCGGCGCAGUAGCGUGCCUCAUUUGAGGAUGUGUGGCUGUUGGACAGUUCACCUGUUGCCGCCUCUUCGUCAGCUCUGAGGACGGCGCGCCGAAGGAAGGAAGGACCACAUGGAGGAGCACAGCCAGCCCAACUCCAGCGUCUGUCACUCGGACGAUGGCCCGGAAAGAGUGCAAAGCAGCCCGGCAUUCUCUGGACCGGUCUUUGCCAUCCUCAUGGCGAUGAUGGUGACUUUAGUGGUUGUGACAGUUUUGGGGAACGCUCUGGUCAUGUUCGCCUUCAAAGUGGACAAGAGUCUGAGGAGGCAAUGUAAUUACUACUUCCUGAAUCUGGCAAUAUCGGACUUUCUCGUAGGAGCAUUCUGCAUUCCAGUUUACAUCCCUUACAUCCUUACUGGCCGCUGGACGCUGGGCAGGAGAUUGUGCAAGCUGUGGCUGGUCAUGGACUACCUGCUGUGCUCCGCCUCCGUCUUCAGUAUCGUCCUUAUAAGCUAUGAUCGUUUUCUUUCAGUCACCAGAGCGGUGACUUACCGGGCCAGACAGAGCAUGUCUCAUCCAGCCAUCAUGAAGAUGAUUAUUGUGUGGGUGCUGGCUUUUGUCCUGUACAGCCCGGCCAUCAUAUUCUGGGAGCUAGCGGUGGGCCGAAGCCGGGUGCCGAAGGAGGAGUGCUUCGCCGAAUUCUAUCACUCGUGGUACUUCCUGCUGUGCGCCUCCAUGCUGGAGUUCUUCUCUCCUUUCAUCUCGGUGUCUUUCUUCAACCUCAGCAUUUAUCUGAACAUACGCAGGCGGAGGCUCCGCUGUAGGGAGGCCCAACUCAACCUUCAGAUAAAUGAACCUGUGUCUACUCCAGGGGAGGGUAUUCCUCUUUCUCAUACCUGGGGUACGGGGGGCAAACUGGCCGUGAGGGGCUCCAUCCACUCCCCGGGAUCCUCUCCCAAUUUGGGCAAAACGGAUCCGUCUAGCGGCAGGGUGGCCCAUCCUAACCGUCUGUCCAGAGAUAAGAAAAUUGCUAAGUCUCUGGCCAUCAUUGUGUGCGUGUUUGCCAUCUGUUGGGCACCGUACACCCUACUGAUGAUCAUCCGGGCCGCCUGCAGAGGGCGAUGCAUCCCGCAUCACUGGUAUGAGGUCACCUUCUGGCUCCUGUGGCUCAACUCGGCCAUUAACCCUUUCCUCUACCCACUGUGUCACAGCAGUUUUCGCAGGGCUUUCACUAAGAUUUUAUGCCCAAAGCAGCGAAGCUCGACUCCCUCAAUAGCCGUCCUUCGAGAUGGCCGGUGACAGUCUGACGUGCACUGCUUGAAAGUCUUAAACUGUGAAUUAUUCCAACUUUAACGCAUAAAAUAAGCAAGCAUAAUUGUCUAGUCUGUGUGUGAAUUGUCAUCUACUGUGGGAAGAAAGUGCAAUCUUGUAAAUGUUUUUGCAUCACAUAAACGUCUGAAAUGUUUACAGUUGCUAAGACAGGGAAAAUAUUAUAUAAAAAAUGGUCUUACUUGGCAACUUCAGCCUAAAAUCUAUAAUAUGAAUGUAUUUGCAUAAAAGAUCAAUGUUGUUAUCACAGUGUUAUUGCCAUCAAAUAGAGCUUUAUUGGAAAAUCCAUCUACGAAGCCAUCGUGCCCGUAUAAAGACACAUUCUGUUUAGCAUAUUCUUUAUCACUGAAUUUAUACAAUAGAACAAUGGCUGAAUAUUUGUGUCUAAUACAGAAAUGUCUUGCAAAAAAACACAUUUGUAAGUUGGACUGCACC